UAGUACCACUCCAUCCAUGACCACUGCAGAAUCUACAACUACCACUACCCUUCCCACUACCAGUACCUCCACUCCUACAACCACUACAGAAUCUACUGCUACAUCUACCAGCACUUCAACAUCUACCACUAACCCUACAACCACCAGUACCUCCACUCCUACAACCACUACUACUAUUCCUACAACCACUACUACUACUACUCCUACCACUACCUCAACUCCUACAACCAUUACAGAAUCUACAACUACUCCUACCACCACCAGCACAUCGACAUCUACCACUACCCCUACAACUACCAGUACAUCCACUCCUACAACCACUACAUAUUCCACAUCUACCACUACUCCUACCACUACAACCAGCACUUCGACAUCUACCACUACCCCUACAACUACCAGUACAUCCACUCCUACAACUACAACUACUCCUACCACCACCAGCCCUUCGACAUCUACCACUACUCCUACCACUACAACCAGCACUUCGACAUCUACCACUACCCCAACAACAACCAGUACCUCCACUCCUACAACCACUACUACUACUACUCCUACCACUACCACUACCUCAACUCCUACAACCACUACAGAAUCUACAACUACUCCUACCACCACAAGCACAUCGACAUCUACCACUACCCCUACAACAACCAGUACCUCCACUCCUACAACCACUACUACUAUUCCUACAACCACUACUACUACUACUCCUACCACUACCUCAACUCCUACAACCACUACAGAAUCUACCACUACAACUACUCCUACAACUACCACUACUUCGACGUCUACCACUACUCCUACAACAACCAGUACAACCACUCCUACAACCACUACAGAAUCCACAUCUACCACCACCCCUACCACUACCAGUACUUCGACCACCACUACAAUAGCAACUCUAAAGUAAUGGUUGUACCUAUGUAACAAGGAAGAUCUGAAGGUUUGUUUAAAUUCUACAAAGAUCUGUAGAAACUACAAAAGCGACAAAACUAUAUAUCAGAAUAAAGCUACUUAUAAUAAAUAAGUAAAGAUUUCUCACUCAUAAAGUAAAUUUAGCCCAAAUGAAUGAAUGUUGAAUGGAACAUAGUAUUUAUCAUAUAUAUAAAUAUAUUCUUGGUGAUUAACCGUCAUAAUUUCCUCGUUGGACGAGUGGUUUACAUGCUCGCCUACCGAUUCGGUAGUCCCGAGUUCGAUACCCCGCUCUGCCAACGUAUCAAGAGGAAUUCGUUUCUGGUGAGUAGAAUUUAAUUCCUCGAUACAACGUGGUUCGGAUCUCACAAUAAGCUGUAGGUCCCGUUGCUAGGGAACCAAUUGGUCUGAAUACUGUUUCUAAAACGUUGAUCAUCUGUUAAAAGAGGCUUCUAUCUGUGUAUUAGUCUUUGGAGUCUAAUAUUCUAAUCAGAGGAUAGAGAGACUAAAAAUGAAUUUUGGAUAAAACUGACUUGAAACACUGAAUUACUUUUAUUUCUAAGAUGAUUAUGUAUUUACCUCUUUGAAUGGUAACAAAUGGACACAUGGAAACAUUAAAUAUGGCCAAUAUGGAGGUAUCAUCUAAGAUUAUUUAUUAUUAUCAUCUCAAAGCAAAAAGAACAAGACUAGACCAGUCUACGAACCUAACAACGAGGUAACACAAUAUAAGUGGCAAUAAGUCUCAAUGGCAGUUAUAUCAACAGUAAAAAGCAACAAGCAAUGUAAA